GAUGAUAACUAAUAACACUCUGGAUGAUUACACAGUCUUAGCAUCGUACCCAGAGGAGGAGAACCUGGAAGAGGAGAACGAGACGACCCCGGAGACAGGAGUGCGGAGCAGCAACAUCCUGGACAACCACGGCUUCCUGAUAUCACACCCGGAGGAGGAGAGACUGGACGAGGAGGACGACGUGAAGAUCUACAAGGCCGUGGUGGACAGUAUGGCCCAGUGGGAGCUGCAGAAGAUCAAGAAGAUGAACAGGAGGCGGCUUCGGAGGGACGAGGAGGUGGUGUGCUACAUGGACCUGGGCUGCUUUAGAGAUGAGGGACCUUUUGACUACCUCGACAUGCUCCCUUCACCCCCCGAGGAGGUCAACACAAAGUUCCUGCUGUACACUCGGGAGAGGGGAGAAAGAGAGAAAGUGAUCAAGCCCAACAACAUCACCACCAUCAUCAACUCUCACUUCAACAUCUCCCGCCCCACCAAGCUUCUCAUCCACGGCUUCGGUUCCUCCUGCUACAGCGUCUGGAUACGUGAGAUGCGGGUUGCUCUUCUCACCAUGAUGAACGUGAACAUCAUCUGCGUCAACUGGCAGAAGGGGGCUGAGGUCCCCAACUACGUGAGGGCCGCCAGCAACACUCGUCUCGUGGGCCGCCAGGUGGCGCUCUUCAUCGAGACACUCAACGCCUACCUCAACACGUCCCUCGAUGACUUCCACCUCAUUGGCUUCUCACUUGGAGCCCACGUGUCCGGCCACGCAGGAGCCCGCCUCAAAAACCUAUCCAGGAUCUCUGGGUUGGACCCAGCUGGACCACUGUUUGAGUCCUAUUCUCCCUCCGUACGUCUAGACCACACGGACGCUCGCUUCGUUGACGUCAUCCACACCAACGCAGACUCCCUCCUGAUGGGGGGACUUGGAGCCUUUGAACCCAUGGGCCAUGUUGACUUCUACCCCAAUGGUGGAAGAAUGCAGACAGGCUGUGCAAACCUCUUUGUCGGGGGAGUGUCUGACAUAUUGUGGCCUACUGAAGGUGAUGGGCGGUACCUCUGCAACCAUCGGAGAGGUUACAAGUAUUACCUCAACUCGGUGGCACCCAUCUGUAAAUUCCCUGCCUUCAUUUGCCGUGACUAUGAGACCUUUCUGAAAGGCGACUGCUUCCCCUGUGACUCCUGUGGAAACAUGGGCUACUUUGCUAACCAGGCUGAGGGACGCGGCCAGCUCUACCUAAUCACCAGGGACACUGAGCCCUUCUGUGCUAACCAGUACAAGGUGACGGUGAACCACUCGGGGGGCCCACCUGCCGAACCCGUCACCACCUACGGCCGACUAGACGUUACCUUCAUUGCUGCCGACGGGAUCAACGAAACCCUCCAGCUGACCCAGAGUGAGGAUACAGUGUUGGAGGCAGGAAAGACUACGGUGAGGAUCCUGGUGCCUCAUCCAGCCCUCACGGAGGUCCACGCCGUCCAGCUCCGCUACACCGCCUACAACGGAUGGAUCUAUACUGGGUUCUCCCGCUGGGCCAUCGACAAGAUCUCCCUCAUGGACAGUUUUGGUAACAUGUUGUCAUUCUGUCACCGAGGGACAACGUUGAUCUCAGGAAAGGCAAUGCACUUGACACUGUUACCAGGGGACUGUGUUGUGAGGGACGCCCCAUUGAAUCCUGCCCUCACCCCACACCGCUUCUCCGACUCCUUGCCUGAGGAAAGCGAGAAUGAAGUGCAACAGUUGUCUCCAGUCCUGGCCGUGGCACCUCGUCCAGAGCCUCAACGCAACACCACUGUCUCCCAUCAUCCCUUCAACCUCACCCAACCCAUCCCAACACCUAUUCUCACACCCCUAGAUGCCCACACCACUAUAUUAACACCUCUGCAUGGUCAAGUACCACUUCCCAUCAACAGGGAAGUUCUUCCAAACUACAGUCGUCCUCAAGGGUUCUACAAUAUGUCCCUGCUGAGGCCCCCUCACCCACCCCAAGUUAUCCUUCCUGACAAACUCUCAAUCAACUUACCUGACAAGAUGCAGAACAAAGUACCCCUCACGAGGUAUGGUGUGGCUGGAGGGGGAGUACUGACACCACCAAUACCACUGUCAGGGACACAGGCCAGUGUUGUGGCUGUCAGCAGUGAGGAGCCCGUCAAUGUCAUCCCAGCACCAAAUUUGGCACACUUCCCUACACAGGGGUCCCAGAUAGUGUUUCAUCCAGAGAAUGAACAAGGAUCUGGAGGUGUACAUCCAUCUGGAAGUAAAGAAUCAUCAAAUUCUGUAAAUGCUCCAGUGUUCCUACAUAACACCACACCUAUACCUUCCCCUGCUGGCCACAACCAAACAAUGAAUCACCCAAUAGUUGUCAGCAAGGCUGAGACUGGGUUAACAAAUAAGGGGUCACCACCCAGCAUGGUAGUGACCCCUUCACUUGCUUCUGCUCUCCUGCCUCCUGACAUUCACAUCAUUAAUGCCACCAUCCAAACUAAUAAAAAUGCCGAAGACAGAACAUUCUCCACCCGAGUGAGCAGCGUGACGCCCAAUACUGACGCAAGUCACGCUUCCAACAGUUUCAAGACUACAGUUAAAAACAACAAGACAGAUCCUAUUAUAAGUAGCACACUCAGUCCUGAGGGUCCAUCCUUACCAUCAGUUUCAACUCCUCAAACACAUAAAUCUGGUCCAAUUCUACUGGGGACCCUUACUCCAACCCCACCCUCAGCUGCUGCACGACCUACACUGUCCAUUGCACCCACAGGAAGACCGUUCUGGUUGGCCCCUAAUGAACAAUUUAGUUAUCAUAGGAGAGACAACGUGGGCAGUGCCUCCCCUGUCCAGGUAGGAAGGCCAAUCACUGUCUAUGAAUUUAGUCCACCAGCUGCCUCACCCCACCAACUACAUAUCCAGACAGAACUCAACAACAAGGCUCCUGCAAUCUUAGACACCAACAGCUUAAUAGAUGGAGAAGUUCCUGAGAGGGAGCGAGCACGUGCCCUCAAGCUAGGUCCUCGACCCACCAACUCCAUUAACCCCCAACACUUCUCAGCUGGAAAUAGCAGAAUUGACUGUGACAGUUCUUCUCUGUGCUCCAGCCAGAGUGACAACAGACAGUCAUCUCACACAUCAUACACCAACAUUCCUUCUCAAGUGACAAGUUCUCAGAAAAACUUGACUCACCGACAACCUACUGUCCACCAGUCUCCUCUCCAGGGGUCACCACCUUCUCGGGUUGACACUCCUCCAAGGCCCCAUGUGAGGUAUAUCAGCACACAUAUUGAAGAUUCUCAGCUUGUUGGCACAGAAACUGUUUUAAGACCUGUUGAAACUCCUCCUCUUUUAUUUGUAGCUCCUAAUGGUCCACUCAUAAGACAUCCCAGACCUACACCCCAGGCCAGGCCCCUCACAGUCCAUGACACCCAGGUUAGGCCAUCAGCAAGUCAUGCUCAGUCACCAGGAGCUUUUCUAGACAACCCGCUGCGGCCACCACCAUUACGCAGUCUUCCACCGGACACCAUCGUAGGUCGUGGAAGAGCACCUCAACCAACCCAGACCUCACAUGACCAGGAUUCUUGGUUGCCACAAACACAUCAUGAUCUCGAGAGAGUGAAAACUCGUGGACAAAAGUCCUCUCCUGUGCAGCAAAAGGCCGAGUCUCACUCACAGCACCAACAAUUGCAACAGCAUCAUCAGCAGCACCUCACACAGCAGCAGCAGCAGCACCUCACACAGCAGCAGCACUACCUUACACAACAGCAUCAACAGCAGCACCUCACACAGAAGCAUUUCACACAACAGCAACAGCAUCAACAGCACUUCAUGCAGCACCAUCAACAACAGAAUCAGCCACGAAAUCACCACCAUCUUGAGCAACAGCAGCAUCACACUAGGGCACAGCAGCCCUCAGGACAACAGUCAGCAUCGGCGUCAGUGAGCAACGUGACACAGAUAAAGUUUGAGGCAACACCCGAGCGGCCACCGAGACCGGUCCCGGCUCCCGUCCCCUUAUAUGUCCAGCUACUUCCACCAGCUUUCAGUCACCUGCCCCACCUGGAGACUUUUUCACAGCCUCGGGAAUCCAGAAAACCCCAGGAGCCCUCCAGCAGGAAGCGAGGUACCGUGGGCGGACGGGCAAGUAGAGGACGUAGCCUGUCACUGCCUGCACCAGGGGGCCGGGCAGCCGUGUUCACUCCGCUGCUACUACAGGUGCAGGAGAACCACCAAGGCAGGUAUAUACCCCUCAGACACAUACCACAAGCUCCUCUCCUCACCUAGACUCAGUGUUAUUUAUUCAGUGUUUAAGAGUUACUGAUCAUUCUCAUUAUAAGACUCUUGUGUCAUUAAGUGAGUGUUGACAUCAUCACUGCAACACUUAUCACUACAACACUCGGCAUCACUACAACACUCGGCAUCACUACAACACUCGGCAUCACUACAACACUCGGCAUCACUACAACACUCGGCAUCACUACAACACUUGGCAUCACUACAACACUUCUCAGAAUUUGUUAUUUAAAAAUGAUCUGCUUUUAGCUUCUUAAAUUAAUGAAAACUAAUAUUUAUUAUCUUGUUAACUCGGCAGCAUCCACACCCGGGUCAUUGCUCUAAUAUAACACAAAUACUGUUGACUUAGAUAUGAAUUUUUAUAUUUAAAACAGAAUUAAAUUUGUGAGUAAUUAUUAUCUAUAAACAGAGGACAAACUCAGAGCUGUUAUUUGUUAUAUGCUACAGCUCCUCUCUGGGACUAACAUUGUUCACGAGGCAUUGUUAUGAUAAUAGUGCAGUGUAGUGAGGUUCACACAUGGUCUUCUUCCUGUACUAACCACUGUAUUGAACUGUAUGGUAGCACAAGAUGAUGAUGGUGACACACACAAGAUCAUAAUGGUGCUUUUUCUCGUUGUUGGCAAUGAUGAAUCAAGAAGGUGGUGACUCAAUAGUGUAACUCAACUGCACCAAACUGUUAGCUACACAUAUUAAUUCUUAUCAUCUUCUUGUUUGACUUUUUUGUUUGUAGGGUGAGCAGUGCCUUGUUUGUGUAAGGAUAAUUAGUGCCGUGUGUGUGUGGUGGCCAUGAACGAGUGUCUCUCCUCCAAAUCUAUCUGACAAAACCUAAUAAUUUUCUAUUUAUUUACAUGAACCAGGAGCUGCAUUUAUGUUGUCAGUUAUCUCACACAAAAUAUGUAUGUACAGUUAAAGAGUUCACACUGUAUGAUGAUGCAUCUAGGAUUAUGAAGAUUCUAUACAGUACAGUCUGUUCAACCAUGACAUUGUUCAUCCAGAUAACAUUUGAACGUAUUUAACUAGCUUGACAACAUUUCACAGUUCAUUAACAUGAACCUUAAGAAAAUUUGGAAUUAAAUUAUUUUUCCUACAGAUAGAUAUAUAAUAAGGUAACUCAGGAGGUAAUAAUAUAAUAACAUUCACCUCAAAAGUCAUACACUGUGUCAAGUUUGAGUAGAAACUCGGAGGGAUUCUUUUAAGCAUUGGAGCUGGGCUGCGGUGUUGGAGAUCUGAUGUUCAGUAUUACUGAACUUGUAAAGUACCUUGUAGCACAGGAAACAAACCAUACAGCCGAUAGUGCCUCACCACUCCGGGCUUCCUGGAGAAGAAAUAAAAGCCUUAGACACUGAUUACCUGGUAUUAGUAAAUGACUUAGGAUAGUCAGACAUAAAGCUGAAUGCACAACAAAAAAAAUAAUCAUACAGUAGAUUCAUGUUCAGUUGAGCCAUGAAGUAAACAGGUUGACGUACACCUACUGAAGAUGGGUUGAAUAAAUGUGUAAUAACUUUAUUUGAUGUAAUUUUACAGUUGAAUGAGGUAAGAAGAUGUUGUCAUCUCAUCUGUCAAGUUUAGGUGUUAUAUUCCUGUCAAGCUUCACAUCUGGACAAUCGCUGUGAAAUGAACUCCAGUUAUAAGACCCCAACCAUCUAACCUAACCUAACCUAACCCAAUCAUUAGGAUUGGGAGCCAAUUUUAAUAGGCCCAGCUUUAGUAGGCCUCAUGUGUAAUACAGAACUGUACUGUAAUUAGAUUAGGUUCAUUCCAGUCAAUUUUCACUUAUACGAAGAUUAAUGAAAAUAACUUGAGGCAAUAUUAAAGAUAUCACCUUCAACCUUAAAUUUUGUUGAAGAUUAUGUGUGAUUUUUGUUGUGUGUGUGUGUGUGUGUGUGUGUGUGUGUGUGUGUGUGUGUGUGUGUGUGUGUGUGUGUGUGUGUGUGUGUAUGUGUGUGUAAUUAAUCAUGUGCAAAGACCCUGCAGAAAAUGUCGCAGCUUCAUGGAACACUUGUUUAGGUCAGAUUUCAUUAUCAUUUAUCAGUUUUCCUUAUUUAUUAUUUAUUAUUUACUCUUUUUAAGUGUUUACAUAAGUGGUGACACAUGUAUAUAUAUUUUUUACACCCAGUACUGUACAGGGUCUCAAUAUAUCAUCCAACACAUUUCAAAACUUUACAACCUCAAAAACAUGUGGACCAAGCUCUAUCUAUUACUGUCUAUCUGUUAGGUUAUGGAGUUUUUAAAUGAGUCAGAUAAUCCGUAAACACCCUGUACUGUACUGUACUGUACUGUACUGUACUGUACGGUACGGUACAUUUUAUGCCUGUACUGUACACAA